GGCGCCUGCGCAAGGAGCAGGAAGCCCCGUGGCAGCUGCUUGCGCCGGGCGUCACUUCCCGCCGCCGCGGUUCCGCCUCCGGGGUACGCUCGGUUCGCUCCCGGCCGCCGCCGCCGCCUCCGCCUCUGAGCCGCCGCGCAGGAGCCGCCGCCAUGAGGCUGUACAGCCUCAGUGUCCUGUACCGAGCCGACCCCAAGGUGCGGCUGCUGAAGGCGGCCUACGAUGUGUCCUCCUUCAGCUUCUUCCAGCGGUCCAGCGUGCAGGAAUUCAUGACCUUCACGAGCCAGCUGAUUGUGGAGCGCUCGGAGCUGGGCAGCAGAGCCUCGGUCAAGGAGCAAGAGUACCUCUGCCACGUGUACGUCCGGAACGACGGGCUGGCCGGGGUGGUGAUCGCAGAUAACGAGUAUCCCCCGCGGGUUUGCUUCACCUUGCUGGACAAGGUGCUGGACGAGUUCUCCAGGCAGGUCAGCAGAGCAGACUGGCCCUCAGGAUCCCCCGCGACCAUCAGCUACGCAGCCCUGGACGGGUACCUCAGCAAGUACCAGAACCCCCGUGAUGCCGACCCGAUGACCAAAGUGCAGGCGGAGCUGGACGAGACCAAGAUCAUCCUGCACAACACCAUGGAGUCACUACUGGAGCGAGGGGAGAAGCUGGAUGACCUGGUCUCCAAAUCAGAGGUGCUGGGGGCACAGUCCAAAGCCUUCUACAAAACUGCCCGGAAGCAGAAUUCCUGCUGUGCCAUCAUGUGACACAGAGCGCGGGUCUCCUGCUCCGGACGUCCAGCGCUCCGCUGCCCGUCGGUGGGAGCCGCGGCGCCUGCCCAGGCCGGGGCUGGCGGCAGCCUCAGCACUGAAGUGACUUUAUUGCCCCAUGUCCAGGGACCGGUGCCCCAUAGGGCGAGGGGGGAGCACGGGCGCCCCCCGGCCCUCGCUUAUUCUGAGGGCAGCCGGGACCAUGGGGCACCGGCCAAGGGGCCCCCCCCCCAUCACCCUUCCCAGCAUCUUGGGGGGGCUUUUUAUGUAUCUGUGUCCCAAGGGUGGGGUGGGGGGUGGGGGAAGUGGAAGCGCUUUCCCAUGGUGGGGGGAUGCUUGCUGCUGGGCUAUUAUUGCCGGUGCCCAGGGAGGGGGUCGCCUCUGGGUGCCUUUGGUGGUGGUGUGGGAUGGGUCAGCCCCCCUGGUGUCCCUGGGGGGCUCGGGGUGGGGGGCCUGUCCCCUGUUGUGCUGGUUGGGGACAUGUGUGUGUCCCCCACUUUGAGAAGGUGAAACCAGCCCCAGGGCUGCGGUGCCUGCACCAGCGGGAGGGGAGCAGGGCUGAGGGGGGCUCUCCUGCUUUCCUCCCCUACUCCCAUCACCUCGGGGGGCUCCAGCAGCCCCCGCUGCCUCCUCUUCCUCCUGGGGAAGGGGGAAGAAAAGCUUUUGCUUGAGGUUGUAUCGUGGUCGGUGUUGCUGUCGUUCCCGGGCUGUUGCCCGCAGCGCCCAGGCAGGAUAAAGUUGUCUUUGGCA